AUGGAAACUUCUCUACGUCAAAGAAAAAAGGAAGGAAUCACAAAAAUCGUUGAGGAUUUCGAUAUUUUCACGAAAGUUGUCGACAAUGUAAAAGAAGAGAAACGAGCCGGCGGUGGAUUGUUGUCAAUCAUUUGCUUCGUUAUCAUCGGAUUGUUGGUGUUCGGAGAGGUGAAUUCGUAUUUUUUCGGCCGAAAAGAGUACGAGUAUCGCUUCGAUGUGGACACAGAAUAUGAAGAAACGCCACUCCUUGAAUUCGAUUUGGUUGUGGCGACUCCAUGCAACUCUCUGCACAUUCAAAAUAGCGCCGAACAAUCAAACGGAAUUUUUCCUGAACAAAAUCCAAUUAAACAAUCACCGACGAGAUUCGAAUUCACUCCUGAAGAGCAAUUGUACUGGACAGUUUUGCGGCACGCUCACGAGAAUAUGAACAAGAAUGCGAUGAGGGGAUUGGAAGAGUUACAAUACAUUGAUGACGAUAUCGAGGACAAAUUAGAGCAUCUAGCUGAUCAAAAACAACAGCACGAAUUGGAAGCGAUUAAAGAAGAACGAAAGAAGAAAGGACAUAGGGAGAGUGCUGGAGGAAAUGUGGUAUUCAUGAUUGGAAAUGGAAUGGGCAUGUUCCAAAUUGUCGCCAAUAAUGGAGUUGAUGAAGGAACCGCUUGUCGAGUACACGGUAAAUUCCCAGUUCGAAAAGGAAAAGAAGAGAAAAUGGUGAUGUCGAUUGGGAAUGGGAUGAAUAUUGGUGGAAUGUUCGCUCAUGUUGAAGGAAUGGGAAGUGCUGGCAACGUUUCACAUCGAAUCGAGCGUUUCACUUUUGGUCGACGAAUCAAUGGACUCGUUGCUCCGUUGUCCGGCGGUGAACAGAUCUCGGAAUCGGGCAAAGAUGUUUAUCGAUAUUUCAUCAAAGUUGUGCCAACUCGGAUCUACAAUGGACUCUUUGGCGGCUACACGAUGGCUUACCAGUACUCUGUGACAUUUUUGAAAAAAGAGUCGAAAGUCGAAGAGCACGCGCAUGGAGGAAUCCUUUUCGAGUACGAGUUCUCAGCCACUGUAAUCGAGAUUCGACAAGUUGUACGAUCCUUGCUCCAGUUGAUCCUCCGACUGUGUGCCGUUGUUGGCGGGGUUUAUGCUACAAGCGCCAUUCUGAAUAAUCUGGGCACAAUGGGACAAGAAAAGAAGCAAUUUUCCUAUCUCCCGAAGAUCAUGAAUGGCGGUUUAGCGGGUAUUGUUGGAGUGACAUGUGUUUUUCCAAUUGAUCUCGUCAAAACUCGGCUACAGAAUCAAGUGGUUGUUGACGGGAAAUUACAAUAUGCAGGAAUUGUGGAUUGUUUCAAAAAGACUUUCCGUGCCCAGGGUUUCUUCGGAAUGUACAGUGGAUCCGGUGUGAACAUUCUACUAAUCACUCCCGAGAAAGCCAUCAAAUUGGUGGCCAAUGACGUCUUCAGACACAAAUUGGCGUCACCUGGAGAGAAGUAUCUAGCUGCUUGGAAAGGAAUGAUCGCCGGUGGAUUGGCGGGUUUCUUCCAAAUCUCUGUCACAACACCAAUGGAAUUGUUGAAGAUUCAAAUGCAACAACAAGGAGCUGUUGCGGGAUCAAAGAAGCAAACCGCUUGGCAAUUGACCACACAGUUGUUCAAGGAGAGGGGAAUCGCUGGAUUGUAUCGGGGUCUUGGCCCGACAAUGGCUCGUGACGUCACAUUCUCAGUCAUCUAUUUCCCUCUCUUUGCCUAUUUGGACUCAUUGGCUCCUCGAAAAGCCGAUGGAAGUGGAGAUGCCGUCUUUUAUGGAUCAUUUUUGUCUGGAUUAGCUUCUGGAGCUUUCUCAUCGUUUUCUGUUACCCCAUUGGACGUGAUCAAAACAAGGCUCCAAACGAUUAGUCAAACGGUCAAAUACAACGGAUUACUCGAUGCUUUCUUCACAAUUCUGCGAACAGAGGGUCCAAAAGCAUUAUUCAAAGGAGCCGGAUGCCGUAUGCUGGUGAUGGCUCCGCUCUUCGGCAUCGCUCAAACCGUCUACUACAUCGGAGUAGCCGAGAAGAUUUUGGGCCGCGAGAAAGCGGCUCAUGUU